AUGGCGGGCAACACCAAUGUCAAGAUCUCAAUCAAGAACACCGGAUCCGAGCCUUUGCGCCUAGUCAAAGUUGAUGGUCUUCUAAGCGACUUGGCCGUCAACAAGGUUACUGUUGUGAAAGAUGGCAACAAGCUCCCUUUCUACGGUAUUCACGUUGACAUCGACCUCACUGCGCUUGCAGACUCAUCAUUCCAGACUUUGUCACCCUCAGAGACAGUCGACAAGCACUUCGAUAUCGCCCACGUUUACGAUCUUGGCGCUGGCGGUAUGGUCGAUUUGGUGUCGCAGGGCACCUUCCUCUAUGCGACCUCUGGAUCAUCGGUCGUAGAGACCAUCUCCUUCGUCUCCAACACUCUUACCGUCAACAUCGAUGGAUCUGAAGCAGCCGCGACCCGUCAGACUUGGCUUUCGAGCGUAUGGAAUGCGGAAUUCAACCUCCAAGGCGGUUGCACCCACGAACAGUACGACAUUCUAGACCAAUGUCGCAGUCUGUGCUCAGAUCGCGCCUACUCCGCCUGGCAGAACUCGCUUUCCGACGCUGGCAAUCACACGAGGAUCAUGGAGUUCUUCAAGGACGACACUGAGCAGAUUCGCAAGAAGCUCAACGACGGCUUUCUCGCGAUGGGAUCUGAAUGUCGCAACAUGAACGAGGGUCGCGUCAAGAUCUUCUGCAACAACCUCGACGGCUGUGGACCGGGUGUAUUGGGGAUGACUGUGUGGGCUGGCGAGGAACUCCACGUCAGGUUCUGCCCCUUUUGGUUCGAUGCGUGGUACCAGAUUGAUCAUCCAGAAUGUCAUGAAGGCGACAAGACCAAGACGAUGACGCAUGAGCUCUCUCAUGCACUGUUCAGCGUCGGAGAUGUCAAAUACGGAUACGAUAACUUUAUCACGCUCAACUCCACGGAUAACCUCAACAACGCGGACACUUACGCAUUCUUUGCCAAAGGUAAGCUCUCUCACAAAAACUCUCUCUAG